UCUCGCUUCCCCAUGGGGCCGGGGCACCCUUCCCCAGGUGUUCGGGUUAUAAGGGUCAGACUGGCUCCAAUACUUUUUUAGUCCUUUAACGAUGAUCACAGCAACUCUACCUCAUCCCUGGAAACCUGCUCCAACUUGAACUCGCACGCCCGCCAGUUUGUCUUCAUUGCUGCGUCGGCAAAAUGAAUGCAAACAAAGAUGGGCCUGUGCUCACCGAACCAGAGUACAAGGAUGAGAAAGGUUCCGAUACAUCGCCAAACCCGCCCCUCAAACUUGAAGAUAUCGAACAAUUCGCCUCGAUGAUUGAUAUUGAUCCUGUUACUGAGGCAAAACUGCUGAGGAAGCUGGACAUCCGGAUCGUGCCCAUGAUAUGCUGGAUUUACCUGAUGAACUUCAUGGAUCGAGUCAAUAUUGGCAAUGCUCGUCUCUACAAGAUGGAAGAGGAUCUUGGCAUGGAUCCCAAUAGCAAUCAGUUCCAAAUCGCAGUAUCUAUUCUGUUCGUCACCUAUGUUAUAUUCGAAACUCCCUCAAACCUGAUCUUGAAGCGAAUGAAACCUGCGCGAUAUCUCGGAGGCCUCAUGUUCAUGUGGGGCAUGGUGGCUACAUUCUCCUGCUUUGUCAACAACUUCGCCGGACUCAUCGUCUGCCGCCUUCUGCUGGGCAUGUUCGAAGCAGGCCUAUUCCCAGGCGUCAUUCUUUACCUGAGCAUGUUUUACAACCGGCGCAACGUUAGCUUGAGACAGGCGUGCUUCUAUGGCACAUCUGCACUAGCAGGUGGAUUGGGCGGUGUUGUAGCCUAUGCAAUUGGUGAGCUCGAUGGUGUAGCCGGCUGGAACGGAUGGCGUUGGAUCAUCUUGAUCAACGGCAUUCCGACCGUCAUAACAGCCGUCGCUGUACCUUUUGUCCUGCCUAACAGCCCCGAGACAGCCAGCUUUUUGACCGAGGAAGACCGCCGGAACCUUGUUCUGCUCCGAAUGAAGGAAGUCGGCCAAACAACAUCUGGACAAGAACUCGCGCGCGAGGAUGUCAUGAAGGGUGUGAAAGACUGGAAAGUCUACGCAUACGCCAUUGCUCAAUUUGUUGGGCUGGGCAUGCUCUACAGUUUCUCCGUCUUCCUACCAACCAUCAUCAACGGUCUCGGAGGUGGAUGGAGCCGUCAAGUUGUUCAGGCAUUGACGAUCCCCGUCUACGUCUGCGGCUUCCUUACCUAUGUCAUCUGCGCGUAUUUCAGCGACAAGUCGCAGAACAGAGGUCUCUACUGCAUAGGUGGGCUUGCUGUUAGUAUGAUCGGGUACAUCUUUCUCAUCGCAAACAAGGGACUUGGCCUCAGCUUCGCUGGCUGCUUCAUCGUCGCGCUUGGCCUGUGGGUAGCCACCGGCAUCGCCUUCUCCUGGAUUGCUGUCAAUAACCCUCGAUACGGAAAGCGAGCCUUUGCGAGCGGUAUGCAGAUUACCAUCGGUAACUGCUCCGGUGUUGCGGCGCCCUUCUUGUAUGCUGCCGACACCGCGCCGACAUACAUCCCGGGCUAUGGUGCUACCAUCGGAUUGUUGGCGCUCGGGAUUGCGAUUUACAUUGCGCUGCACUUCUACUUCCGCAUGAAGAACAACAGGAAGCUUUCUGGUAAGGAGGACUGGAGGAUUGAGGGCAAGACUGAAGAGGAGAUUGCUGAGAUGGGUGAGGACAACCCGAGGUAUCUGUACACGAUCUAGACUUCUACUGCUACUUCGGUGAGGGCGCUUAGAACUGAUGUCUUCCUGUUACCGGGUGAGUUGCUGUAGCCUGUAGACUUUCUUGAGGUCUCCGGUACCUAGUCCUGGAACGCAUCUUGUCUUACUUCCAAUCUUUAUCUAACAAGACAUUGAUUUGAGACCCUCGAAUGCUCCUGUCCUACCUUGGAGAACCAGAUCUA